GUGUAGCUGCUGACUUCAGUACCUAAAGAAUCAAUCUCUGCUCUAUGAGAACUACCGCACUGCAGUACCGGCAGUGGCAUAAUUAUAAGGUCACGAUCGUACAAAAUCGACAAAAAUAAAAUCACAAGUUUCGUUCAGUUCGUGAAAAUGGAAAAGCCCCGGUGGCGGCUGGAGCGGUGAAAUGUCAUCAUAAGGCCCCCCCUUAUCCAUCCCACUCCCCCUGGACAUACAAACAAUACCUGCCUCAGCCUGUGGAACUCUGAAUUCCUAUAUGUCAUCGAUAAAACCACAUAUCAAAAGAGCGAGCGAGCCAUUAUACAAGCUACCAAAAAUACUUAGGUACAAUGGAGAUGGAUUAAUUUCUUUAACUUGGCCACUCAAAUUAAUUGAGAUCACACAAUCUUUGUCUAAAACUAAAUAGAAAUGAAGCCUGAUGAUGAUCUUUCUUUUAUUGGCGGUGACCCCGGUGCAGUAAAACAUGGAAACUUCAUCAACUACUACUCAUUUCACAGUGCGAAAGAGAGAAUCAACAACCUUAGUAUAGAAAUGUUCCCUACAGUGGUCACAAAUGAACCUAUCAUCUGCUUGGAUAUUGGCUGCAACUCUGGAGAACUGACACAAGAAUUUUAUCAAUACCUAAAAAACGUAUACCACAAUAAUAAUAUUAUGAUACUAGCAAUAGACAUAGAUUCAGCAUUAAUUAAAAGAGCAAUAGACACAAAUACUGCAGAUAACAUCACAUUCAGGUCCAUUGAUAUAAUGUCUGAAGAUGGUGCUGAAGAGAUUAAAACAUAUCUAAACUCCCACAGCAAGCAAGCAUUUGACAUAACAUUCUGUUUUUCUGUUACAAUGUGGAUACACCUCAACAAUGGUGAUGAAGGACUUCUCAAGUUUUUACAAUUUCUUAAGGAAAUUCCUAGCACAGUAUUAAUUGAGACACAGCCAUGGAAUUGCUACAGAAAUGCACAGCGACGGAUGAAGAAACAAGGAAAUGAUUUUGCCUUCUAUCAUACUUUGAAAAUUAGAAGUGAUGUUAAUUUAACUAUUGAAAAAGUAAUGAUAGAAUCUACUCACAAAAAAGUUUAUGAAUCUCAUGAAUCCGCAUGGAAAAGAAGAAUUCAAAGUUUUCAAUUAAUUAAAUGAACAA